AUCCACUCUUGACAGGCAAACUGAAACGCAAACAAAAACGACAAAUCCGUCGUCGAGCCCCGAAAGGCCAAAAAUAACAAAUGCGCUUAUAAAUAAUUCAAAUGAAACUCUGCUCACCGCUCGCACUGCAGUAGUAUCAGUCAUAUCGUAGGAUUACUUCUAAAAUAAUAUAAUAUUAAUAGCCCACUCCCCGAUCGAUCAGAUCAGUGACAUUUUAAUUGAAUCGCAAGGCGGAAAAGUGAAUCUCAGUUGGAAGCGGAAAAAUGGACAGAACAAUGUAUGGAAAAAUAGAUCCAGGUGCUCGUCAGCCCUAUCGCACUGUCAGGAGUAAGGGCAUCCAGCCAGGUUAUGCUCUCCUUGCCGACCUGCAAAACAGUGUUCCAGGCCAUCCACAGCCACCUCAGCCACAAUAUGGAACAGUCCAGCCCAAGUCACAACCCCUGCAGCAGCAGUUUGUGGACAACACUCCGGGUUACGGCAGCUUGAGGGGCAAGGCACAGCCCCAGGUGUAUCAAGAACACUACAACGUGGAGACUCGGUCACCAACGGCGGCGGAGUUCAAUGGCUCCUCGGCUGUUCCUAGUUACGCCAAUCAGGGCUCCCUGCCACGUCCGGCUGCAGGAAGUUCAGGCCUUUCGGAGUUGGACUCUCUGUUGCAAGAUCUGCAAAAUGCUCGUUAUAAUGGCUCUGACAAAAAGGAAGUCGAUGUGCCGGUCAACUACAGCACUCCGGUCUCGAAGUACAACACCUACAACAGCUAUGCCACCGUGGAGGAGCGUCCCACCAUGGACAGCCUGUUGAAUGAACUAGACAAUGCCCACAUCUACGCCGUGCCCAAUGGAUCUGCACACAAAUCACCGACGCCGGGACGCCAUGUCACCAUCACGGUGCGUGAAACCAAGACGGAGAAGUUGACGGGUCCCGAUGGUCCAGUUGGCACGGUGGAGGAGCAGAUAGUGCAGCAGAAGGACUCUUACACGCCCAACCAUGCUGUUCCGGGCCAGCAGGUUCACCAGGCAUACACGUCGCAGGCCACCAAGGAGUUGGACGACCUGAUGGCAUCCCUAUCCGAUUUUAAGGUCAGCAACGGUAGCAACGGUAUCGGCAACGGAAACGGAACCGGACCAGGAACAGGCAACAACCACUCCCAGCAACACUCGUCGACACUGCAACACCAGACGGUGACCGACUACGCCAGACCGAACAAGGGCAGCCAACAGGCACAUCUCACCCAGACGAUCGAGGAGACGACCAUCGUCGAGGACAGUCGCGAGGAUCAGUUGGAUUCUAUGCUAGGAAACCUACAGGCCAAUAUGAGUCGCCAAGGAGUCAAUACUGUACAGAAGGGCUGCUGCAAUGCCUGCGAGAAGCCGAUUGUCGGCCAGGUGAUCACCGCCUUGGGCAAGACCUGGCAUCCGGAGCACUUCACUUGCAACCACUGCAGCCAGGAGCUCGGAACCCGCAACUUCUUCGAGCGCGAUGGCUUCCCCUACUGCGAGCCCGAUUACCACAAUCUGUUUAGUCCACGAUGUGCCUACUGCAACGGCGCCAUUCUGGACAAGUGCGUCACGGCGCUGGACAAGACCUGGCACACGGAGCACUUCUUCUGCGCCCAGUGCGGCCAGCAGUUCGGCGAGGAGGGUUUCCAUGAACGCGAUGGCAAGCCCUACUGCCGCAACGACUACUUCGAGAUGUUCGCCCCGAAGUGCAAUGGCUGCAACCGGGCCAUCAUGGAGAACUACAUCUCGGCGCUGAACUCGCAGUGGCAUCCGGACUGCUUCGUCUGCAGGGACUGCAAGAAGGCCGUCCGCGGCAAGUCCUUCUAUGCCAUGGAGGGCAAGCCCGUCUGCCCACAGUGCGUGGGCGUUGAUGAGGAGGAAUAAGGCGGCAGCAUCCCCAUCCUCAUUGGCAUUCAGCAGCAUCACCAAAAACUUGUUGCUGAAGUUCAGCAGCCAAACGAAAAUAGACCCAAUGGAGGUGGCAGCUUUAGAUACAUUUUUGUAUCUAGCUGCGUGCCACUUUUUAUUUUUUAUAAUCAGCAUCAUGAAGAGACUUGUGGGCAAAAAAAAAAAUAUUAACAAACAGCUGCCCGCCGUCCGUCUUGGUCUAUUUUCGUUGCGGGUCUAGGAGCAACAGGCACAACAGCAACACAGCAACACAGCAGCAGCAGCAGCAACAUCAUCAGCAGCAACCCCAGUCCCAGUCCCAGUUAGAACCCCCAGCUGGCCCACCCCUUUUUAUAGAAGAAGGGGGCAGGCGCCGCUGGAGAAAUGAUUUUUAACCCUCUAUGAUGGUCUUUGCCCCUUUGCCCCUGACCCGGCCCAAAACUGACUCGUUGAACUCUUUAUAUGCAAUUUUUGUAGGCUUAAGUUAAUAGGUACUUUUUAAAUUUUAAUUCAUUUAUAAAAAUGAGCAACAAUAUUGUAAUUUGUUUUUGUAAAUAAAAUUUUAAUAAUUACAUAUUAAAAAACAAAAAACACAAAAAAAAAAUAAUAAUAAACAAAAAAACAAGAAAGAAAAAUGGGAGAGAAAAGUUGUAAAAUUCUUAUAACUUUUCAAGGUGACGGUGACCCUCAGACACCGCCCA